UUGCUGACAUAAUGAACGGAGUGGAGGACGCCGACGCCUGGCAACCAGGCAACACAGACCAAGUUGUGGAGCUGGCCCCAGCCCCUGUACCGCUGGUUCCGACCCCUGAGCCGCUGGUCCAACCCCCCUUGCCACCAGUCCAGGCUCGUGUUCCGGUUACUUCUGUCGCACGACCUAGGACUUGGGGCGGACAGGCAACCAGGCAGAAGCGGUACAGGGAGCACCUUGCAUCGCUGGAAAAGAGAGCAGAAGAGGACCGCAGCAUAAAAAAACUAGAGAUCGCUCUUGAGGAAAGGCGUCUCGCCAUGGAGGAGCGCCAGAUGGAGAGGCGCCUGGCCAUUGAAGAGCGCCAGGUGACCUUAAGCGAAAAUCGCUUAGCGUUUGAAAGAGAAAAAUUUUAUGUGCUACAGGAGGCUGGAGCAGAGGAGAGGAGGCUUCGUCUCCAACUGCAAGAACAUUACCUUAAAGUAGUGAAUGGUCAAAUUAACAAGUAAAGUUAAGUGUGAGCAAGUGGUAUGACAUCAUAAUACAUAAUGCAAUAAAUCU